AUGUUAUCCUCACGCGGUGCAUCUUCAGCAGCGAUAAAACGAUUAACAAUCGAAUAUAAACAACUUUCAUCCGAUCCAAAUAGUUUAUUUCCAGCAACUGGACCGAUUGAUGAAAGUAAUUAUUUGGUUUGGGAAGCUCUCGUUCCGGGACCUGAAGGUACCCCUUUUGAAGGAGGUGUAUUUACCGCCAAACUAACGUUUCCACCAACAUACCCACUCGAACCGCCAGUAAUGAAGUUUGAACCACCACUAUUUCAUCCUAAUGUUUAUCCAGACGGAACAGUAUGCAUUUCUAUCCUUCAUGCAGCAGGAGACGAUCCAAACAUGUACGAAUCUUCGUCAGAGAGAUGGUCACCGGUUCAAUCGAUCGAAAAAAUUCUUUUGAGCGUUUUGAGUAUGUUGGCAGAACCAAAUGUGGAAUCAGGAGCGAAUAUCGAUGCAUGCAAAUUAUGGAGAGAUAAUCGAGAACAAUACGAAGAAAGAAUUCGGGCAGACGUUAGACGUUCUUUGGGAUUGUGAUUGCGGGUCAUGGGUUUCUACUUGUAUUCAACUUAUCUUUCUACCUCGUCUUGCCCCUCGCUUUCUCAAUCAAGCAAUAUUCACAGCAAUUACUGUAUCACAAUACUACAUCUAUCCCAACUCUAUCAAUGUCACUAUAGAUUUACCCUCCCUUUUGCAUAUUUCAGUAUGAUGGUAAUUAUCGAAUCUUGUGUGAGUAUGCUACAAUAUGU